ACACGCUCGCUAUCCCCCAAAUAAAGCGGCGCUGCGACAUAUUUACGGGCUCCUCGAGUAACUUAUCCGCCUCAAAUCAAGGUUGAAGCACAGCGACAGGGCCGGGCGGGUCUCACACUAGCUCGGCGCAGAAGGUGUGGAAGCCCCCCCCCCUCCUCCGCGCUCAGAGGUGGAACAAACCGAACUCCCCUUUCGGUUGACGGCCACAAUGACGCUCGGUAACUAACCCGGAAAAAGCAACCGCGAAUCGCUUUUCUUCUCCUUUCGGCCCCGCAUCUGGCUCGUAGCGUGGCGCCCCGCCGUCAGCUGCCGUUUUGCUGUGAGCAUCCAGACUGAGUUCUGCUGGAGGACUGUGAAGUGGGGCCACCUGCCUGUCUGGGCCUCCUGCUCCCGACUCACAGCCACACAGCUCCACAGCCGGUAUCCUAACAUGGGGAACCUACUGAAAGUUCUGACGUGCGCAGAUUUGGAACAGGAGCCAAAUUUUUUCCUGGAUUUUGAAAAUGCCCAGCCCACGGAUGCGGAGCGAGAGGUGUGGGAUCAGGUGGACGUGGUGCUGAAGGACGCCAAAGGGAUCCUGGAUGAGCUGCAGGCGUACAAGGGAGCGGGGCAGGAGAUCAGAGAGGCCAUCCAGAAUCCCAGUGACGAGGCCCUACAGGAGCAGGCGUGGGCGGCCGUGGUUCCUCUGGUGGGGAAACUCAAGAAGUUCUACGAGUUCUCCCAGAGAUUAGAGGCGGCGCUGCACAGCCUCCUGGGAGCUCUCACCAGCAUGACUUACAACGACCCCACUCAGCACCUGGAGCGCGAGCAGGCGCUGGCCAAGCAGUUCGCCGAGAUCCUUCACUUCACCCUGCGCUUUGAUGAGCUUAAAAUGACGAAUCCCGCCAUCCAGAAUGACUUCAGUUACUACAGGAGAACCCUGAGCCGCAUGCGCAUCAACAACGUACCGGCGGAGGGUGAGAAUGAGGUCAACAAUGAGCUGGCCAAUCGGAUCUCUCUGUUCUACGCCGACGCCACGCCCAUGCUGAAAACGUUAAGCGACGGCACCACGAAGUUUGUGUCCGAGCACAAGAACCUCCCCAUUGAGAACACGACGGACUGUCUGAGCACGAUGGCCAUGGUUUGUAAAGUCAUGCUGGAAACGCCGGAGUACCGCAGCCGGUUCAGCAGCGAGGAGACGGCGUCCUUCUGCCUGCGCGUCAUGGUCGGCGUCAUCAUCCUCUACGACUACGUCCAUCCUGUGGGAGCCUUCGCCAAGUCGUCCAAAAUCGACAUGAAAGGCUGCAUCAAAGUCCUCAAAGACCAGCCUCCGAACAGCGUGGAAGGCCUGCUCAACGCUCUCAGGUACACGACCAAGCAUCUGAAUGACGAGUCGACCAACAAGGCUAUCAAGAACAUGCUGCAGUAGGACGGCUUCUGGACCGCUCGCCUCACGCCCCGCUGGGGAGACGCCACUCUCCCGACUCACGUCGGUGCACAGAAUGUUUUGUUGGUUUUGGCUUCUUUAUUGUGUUUUUUUUAAAUGGAAAGAGCUACAGUACAGUUCCACCCUCUUUUCUAAUGCAAAGUGCUACUGCCAUUAUGAACGUCUUUUUCUGUGCCAAAAAGAUGUUAUUGUAAUGUUUUCCAUGAAAGGCCAUGUGACAAUGGCAGCUAAGGAGCGCUGUGGAUCCUCGGGUGUUUUUAAAGGACUUUUGUUCCCUUUAUCAGGGAUGAGAGUGCUUUGACUUGAAAAUUUAAGAGAUAUAUAGAGAAGUAUAUAUUAUUUUGUUUGAUUUGUUAUUUAAUAUUACAUCCUCUGCAUGAUGAGAAUGAUGAUAUUUCCUUUUAUUUAAAAACAAAUGGUUCAGUUUCAUUUGUCUGCUCUGUUGUGCUCUAUUAAAUGUUUUGAUAUUGAAAUGGUACUCAUCGAAGUGAGAUUAAAGAGGACUGCUUUUAUAUUUUUAAAGGUUUCAUUUUGUGCAUAGGCCUUUUUUUUCCCAAUAGUUGUGUUUUUGUUUUUUUGUUUUUGAAAACUUUAAACUGUGAUGUUUGCAAAGUUCAAUUGAAACUGGGAGUGUGUGUACUGUAAAUGAACAGUAUGGAGGAAUUAAACGGAGGUUUUCUACAA